AUGCGGGGUCUGUCCAUGCCCGUGGCAGCUGAUAUCGAUGGAGCAACGAUGGAAACAUUCCACGUCUCGCUCCUCGACAGCGCCAAGAAGUUGGCAGCGAUGAGGUGCCUCACUGAAGCCUACCAGCACGAGAUGGACCGCGGCGUGGAUGGCACCCCGGCUGCUGAAGAAGAAGAUGCAAUCGGACUAGCCUGCUUCAGCCCCCGCAUUCGCGACGAGCCCUUCCCCAAAGGGUUCUCGCUCCCUCAAGACACUCCCAAGUACACCGGCUUCGUGAAGCCUGAAGACUGGCUGGUCGACUACUCCACGGUCGUCAGCAUAGCUAACGGCAACAAGCGUGUUGCCGUGAAGUAUGUUCCGCUCAUGCUCCAGGGCACGGCCUGGACCAAGCUGAACAACCUCAAGCCAUACAGUGGCAAGGGCCUGCCUCCUCCGCCUGCCGGCCCACCGGCUUCGCCUCCUCAGCAGCUGGCGGCCCGCCCAGACGGCCGGCUCCAAAAUGAGUUCCCCGAAGCCAAUGCCACCUACUUCAUCUUCACCAGUGAAGCCGACGACAAGCACAGCCAGUGCCAGCACCACCAGGAGGUGAACGCUGUCGCCCCAGAGGUCCCAGAGUUCAUGCACUGGUCCGAGAGGCCCAUCAGCUGGAGCCAUGCCGACCACCCAACCGUGAUGCCGUCGCCGGGUUCUUAUGCCAUGGUGCUGGAUUCCACCUUCUCAACAGAGAGGCGAGCUUGCCGCUUCUACCGGAUCCUGAUAGACGGUGGUACCAGCAUCAACAUCCUCUACCAUGACACCAUGGAGAAGUUGGGCAUCAAGGAGAAGCAACUCGUGCCCAGUCGGACUAUCUUCCACGGCAUCGUACCUGGACUUCCCUGCUCCCCAAUCGGCACCAAGGGCAUCAUCACCAAAGCCGGCGACUACCAAAAGUCAGCUGCAUGCGCAGCUACUAGCAGUCGGCUGGCCCAGUCCCUCAUCAUCACCGAAGAGAAGCAUCUCCUUGACCGGGUGGUGGCCAUGGCCAGCAAGCAGCUGAGCAUGCCAUCCGACCCCAAGGACACGGAGGCUCAGGGCUCCUUCCAGCCGGCCAAGGAAACCAAGAAGAUUGCCUUGGACCCGGCUCACCCGGAGAGACACCCCAUCGUGGGAACCAACCUCGACAGCAAAUAG